AUGUAAAUCAGAUCCCGGAAUUACGCGCUCUCAGUAGUACAAAAACAAACGAAUAAAACAUUAUGUUGUAUUUACUGCGUGGAAGCACUCAAGAAAGUUGGAAAAUAAAAUGACGAAAACAGCAAGUUAUAUGUGUCUUAUGGUGUUUGGACUUUUUGUUGUCACACAUUUAACAACAGGACAAAAAGAAGCUACUCAAAAAAUAGCGCCUGGCUCGGCUGCUGGAACGUCAGCGUCACCUACCAAGUCAUCUCCUACAACCCCUGUAAAAGUCACAUCUACAGGGACACCUGUCAAAGUCACAUCUACUGGGGCACCUGUGAAAGUUACAUCUACCGGAGCACCUGUAAAAGUCACAUCUACCGGGGCACCUGUGAAAGUUACAUCUACCGGAGCACCUGUCAAAGUCACAUCUACCGGGGCACCUGUAAAAGUCACAUCUACCGGGGCACCUGUGAAAGUUACAUCUACCAGAGCACCUGUAAAAGCCACAUCUACCGGGGCACCUGUGAAAGUCACAUCUACUGGGGCACCUGUAAAAGCCACCUCUACUGGGGCACCUGUAAAAGCCACUUCUACCGGGGCACCUGUCAAAGUCACAUCUACCGGGGCACCUGUCAAAGUCACAUCUACCGGGGCACCUGUCAAAGUCACAUCUACCGGGGCACCUGUCAAAGUCACAUCUACUGGAGCUCCUGUUAAAGUCACAUCCACAGGGUCACCGGCCAAAGCAACUUCUACAGCGUCACCGGUUAAAGCGACAACUACCAAAGCACCUGUUAAAGCAACUUCUACCGGGGCACCUGUCAAAGUCACAUCUACUGGAGCUCCUGUUAAAGUCACAUCCACAGGGUCACCGGUCAAAGCAACUUCUACAGCGUCACCGGUUAAAGCGACAACUACCAAAGCUCCUGUUAAAGCAACUUCUACAAAAGCACCUGUUAAAGCAACAACUACCAAAGCACCUGUUAAAGCAACAACAAGCGGGGCAACGACCAAAGCGACAUCUACCGUUACAACAGCAACACCCAUAUCGCCCUGUCCUGUCGGUAAAUACAAUCAGUUAAGUGAAACAGUGACCUUCACACUGGACGAAAAAGAAUGUCUUAUAACCGUGUACCUCGCUAAAUCAUCUAAGGAUAAGGGAGCUAUAAAGGGAACUUCAAAGGAUAAACAAGGCAAAAAAGAAAAAAAAUCAAAGGAAGGAAAAUCAGAGACAAAGGAUAAACAAGGCAAAAAAGAAAAAAAAUCAAAGGAAGGAAAAUCAGAGACAAAGAAGAAAAGUAAAAGUGGGGAAAAGGCUGAAGUGGAAAGAGAAAGAUAUAUAGAAAGACGUGUAUCAGUUGGUCCUACACCAGGUCGAGAGGUUGAUAUGUGUGGGGAAGUUGUUGCUAAGAGAUCAGGAAGGGGGACAUAUACUAUACGGACAGGUGACUGUAUCAUGACCAUACAACGACGGAACAAAAAGAGCAAGGGGAGACAGCCUAUAAUAAAGUCAGAGAAGGUUCAACGGCGUUAAGUUGAGAGAAGUGAGCUUUCUUGUUGUAUAUAAUUCCAUAUUUUUUCAUGUUGUAUUUUGAAUUAAUGUUAUUAAAAUAAAACAAAUUUUA